AGCUUCCACAGGACAUGACUAGCCCAUCUCCCGGGGAAGCAUGGAAGGCAUUGGCAGAUGAAUGCGUCCAUGGCGCACUGUAUGACUCUCCUGAACGGCAGCCUUUCCCUCGGUGCCUCCCAGGGACCCGGGUGCAUCUCCUCGAAAAGCUGCACCACGCUAUAAACCACGAAGAGCGCAAAAUCAUCUGGCUUUCUGGAGAGUCAGGCUCUGGCAAGUCCGCAGUUGCGCAUACACUCGCCGAGGAGUUCCGUAGCAACGAUGCCCUUGCGGCCACUUUUUUCUUCUCUAGGCGACAGUCGAUCCGUAACACGCCUGCUCGUUUCUGGCUCACGAUCUCUUACCAACUAGGCCUUAUACACCCUCGAGCCAAGGACCUCGUUAUCCGAGCCAUCGCCAAUGAUCCUACACUGCUGAAGUCAGAGCGGUCACGACACGAUCAGUUCACGCAAUUGGUUCUCGCACCGCUGAUGUUUCUAAGGCGAUACUGGGAUGGCACAGGGAAAAAGAUGAUAUUGCUCUUCGACGCCCUUGACGAGUGCGAGGGCUCGGGAUACGACCACGUCGAUCAGCUGGUCGACUUCUUCACUGAGGCACUUCAGGAUGGCGCACCAAGUUUUCAUGUGGUGAUGACCAGCCGCCCUUACUUCCACAUCAAGAACAUCAUGCAGCAUUCCUCUUCGGUUUUCUCCAUCUGCAUGGAGGACUUUGACUCCAAAGCAGAUAUCGAGCUCUUCCUCCGAUCAUCUUUUGACGAAAUCAAAUGCCGCCAUUCACUCCCUGUUCCCUAUCCGUCGCCGUCCGAAGCCGACACCCUUCUUCUAGUAGACAAAGUCUCGCAUCGCUUCAUCGUCGCUGCAACAGUGGUCAGGCUCCUCAAGCAGAAACGCUCGUCUGAGCUUCGUCCAUUCGUAGAUGCUCUUUUACAAAAACAACAGAUGAGGUCAAUCGAUGAGCUAUACCAUGAUGUUAUCGAAUCUUCCGGGCAUCCUUCGGCGUGCCCGUCUCUCCUCGCCCUCAUCUUAUCGCUUCGCAAAUCUAUGUCUGUUAAUGACAUAGUCUCUCUCAUCAAUCACGAUGUCCGUCCUACUCUUGACUCGAUGGCGGCAAUCGUUUCCGUCCCUCCCACAGACUCUAGCAACCCUGUCACGAUGUACCAUACUUCCCUUCGAGACUUCCUCUGGGACAAGACACGUUCCAGACACCUUUAUGUGGCUCCCUCUUCUGCCCACUGUCGCCUUGCUCACGCCUGUCUCGAGCUGAUGAGACGUUCUCUAACCAAAGAUGUCUGUCGACUUGGCAAUCCUUCACUCUUGCACGCGGAGGUCGACGAGUUUUCCGCUAGACGCGACGCGGUGAUUGCGCCUGCACUAGCAUAUGCUGUCUCCCAUUGGUUAGACCAUUUAUGCGAAGCCACGCAGGACGACCGCCUGUAUCAACUCAUCCUCACGUUCGUCCAGGAGGACCUGCUUUGUUGGAUAGAAAUGGCCUCGGUCCUUGAUGUUUUGCACACAUGUACUAUAACUCUCCCGCGAGUUAUCGGGAGACUCCAAACGUGGAACUCUGUAUCCGAAGGGGAUCUUGUCGUCGAUCUCUUAUACGACGCCUACCGACUCGUGAACGAGUUCUUCGAGCCCAUCCGACAAUCCUCCCUACACGUCUACCAUACUGCGCUAGCGUUAUCUCCCACCAAGAUAAAGCUCCGACAGGUGUAUUCGAAGGAUAUCGCGAGCGCCAACACCAUCGCCGUAGAAGGCCUUGACCAACACUGGAGCUCCGUGCUCCGCAGCAUCGAGUUUCCCGACUCUGAAGUGCACUGCAUCUCCUGUGACGGGCGCCUGGCUGCAGUGGAGCGGCAUGAGAGUGGCGAAGAUCGUCGAGUCGAGCUGUGGGACGUCAUGGCAGGCGUGAUGAUCGCCUCGAAACCAG